UCUGCACAUCAGUAUGGUCACCAGACUGAAACAACCAACCACCUCCUCCCACAACCCCCAGAUGAUCGUUUUCAGAAGAAGAAUCGAGACGGGUAGUCGCGGAGAUGGAGCAAAGGAGACAUCGGAUGAUGAAAGUGUUUCCAAGUCACCAUGAUAUGCACAAAACCGAUAUACACCAUCAUUAUCAACAUCUAUCUCCUCGUAGAAAAAGAACCCUGUCCAGGAUACUGGCAAAAGUCUCUGACUCAACGGAGAGCAAGGAAAGAAGAGGAACAAAAAAAGAUUCCAUGUUGCAUACCACGAUAUAUACCACCAAAUCCAUCCAUACAUUUCUCCAGGAAGGAGGCCGCAGAGUCGAAUAACAAGAUCACCACAACGAAAACCUACACACAUAAACAAGCCAAACUUCCUUCCUUGAUUCCAAACAACACCCCCGCAACGCACCCCCCAACAACCCCCUGGUCCACACGCCUGCGCACCCACAUCUUCUCCCUCCCCUCGCAAACCGCCGACCACGAGCCGCGCUUCCGAAACAACGCCUGGCGCGACGUCUUUACAUCGCAAGUCUCUACCACCCCUCUCACCGCCGCGCUCGUGGGCAACGACAACUCGCUCUUCACGCUACCGUUGGGCGAGAAAAGUGUACAGUGGGAUGUGUGGUUGAGUGAGGACCGGCUUUGGGAGAGGGUGUGCACGUUGGGGCAUUUUAGGGGAUUGGAUAGUGGUGCUUUGGAGACCUCCCACACCAUCUUCAAAGACAUCAUGAGCGCGCCCGAUGCGGGCGUCGAGCGCGACGAGCAAGGUAGGAUUAAAGUCCACGGAUUCACCAUUGUGGUUUGGACGGAGAAGAUUCCCGAGGUUGCGGCUGUUGCUUGAAGAUGCGCGAGUUGAGCGAGCGAACGUGGGCAGAGUUGGCUCGGCGGGUAUAAAAAAAGGGCACGAGGCAGAAAGCCAGGGUGCGAGGAAAAGAAGAGGAUGUUGUGUAUACACCACGAAUACAAGAGACGAAAAGGAAGAAGAAGAAGAAGAAGAAGAUAAGAUGGAAAAAGGGAGGUAUAUAGUAGGAGACGAGAUAGAAAUAGUAUAGAUUGGGUAUGGGAAAAGCCGUACUUAACAUACACGCACACACACACACGUAUCCCUUGCGUCUACUUAAUUCUACAUCUCUAAAAUUCCAUUUUGAAUUUCUUGGUCAUCGCUCGUUAUUUUUUUUUCUAGGGUCUAUUCAUCGUUGUAAACCCCUGGCUACAUAUAUGUAUGUAUAGCAUUACCCAAACACCAAUUCGAAAAAAUCAAUACACGCUCCAACAUUUCCUUGCAUUCUUCGCAAAAGGGAAGAAAGAAAGAUAAUACAAUACAAGAAUCUGCCUUCCCGGACACAACAAUACAUUGGUGAGCGGGGUUUGCUUGAUUGUAUAACAACAAUUGUCUCGAAACUUGAAAGUAUCCUGCACAAAAAAAAAUCAAAAAAAAUCAAAAAAAUC